AUGGCUUUGAGCAACCACACGAACAGCAGUUUGGUCAUGCCAAAUUUACUCCACAUGUUUGUGGGACAAAAGAAGACCCUUCGGUUCAAUAAUUUCAGCAACCCAGCCUUGGAGAUGCAAGAGGAGAUAAUGGCCUCGUUUUAUAUCCUCAUCAUCGUUGGGUUUUUCGGCUUUCUACUCUUUGUCAUGAUGCUCAGCAAUAUUGUUUCCAGCAAGCCUGAAAACUACAUUGACUAUCUCUAUUCUGGGAAGCUUAACCCUCACAGAAGCAUUGUGGAGCUUCCAAGAAAGGAAAGCAAAGACACUUUCAUUAUUAUCAACAGCACUGCCUUACUGGAGCUGCAAAGGCAGGAUGGCAAAACCAAUCCUGGGUCUGAGGUGCUGAGCACAGAUGCAAGUGUAAUGGUGCUGGUGUCAGGCUCAAUGCGGGUGCCUCAGCGGUUCGUCGACAGCAACAUACAGCACUUCGCAAAUCUGCUCCUCAGGCACAUAAUUCACAGGGUUUGCUUUGAUGCUAUUUCAAAAAGGCAGUGCCUGCUGUAUUUGAGAGCUUUGAGGACACUGCAGCUCAAUGGUUUCAGGACUGUUUUUUUUGGGGAAGCAGAUAUUCCAGAAAGUCUUAUAACAGGAGAAAAAAUAGCUGAGGAGGCCAGCCUGUGCUGGUCAGUAUGGACACUUGUUCACACUGGCAGUUGCCAAGUGUGGGUGCCCUGCCUCCGGUAAAAACUUUUAUUAAGAGAUGAGCUGCCCGUCCACCAGCAGAAUGGUAUCUUUCAGGAGUUGUGUGAAUCUCUGACCACGUCCUGUGGGAAGUGUGUAAUUGUGACAAGGGAUAAAAGGCAGCUGAUGUGUGUGUGGGCAAAAGAAGACAAGGAGCUGGAGACAGGAACUCUGCUGCCAGUCCCACAAGUGGUCUACGUGGGCAGCAUUGAGUGUCACCCUGAAGUUGCUAGAGCCCAUGGCCAUAAGCUUCUGGUUGUGUCUUCAUCUUACAACUAUCUCUAUCCCAUGAAUGUCACCUGGUCUUCUUUGAAAUGGUUUAUUAUAAAAAACAGGAAGGACUUUGCCCUGAGGUCUGUUCAGAGGACCCACUCCUUUAGGUGUAUCCUAUUCAGUGACUUGAUCGUUAAAGGAAUAGAGAAGAUGACCCCAAACAAAUGGAAGGUAGCGAUUAAAACUGUGAAGAGAUGGGAGAACUACUAUCUUGACACACUUUCUUAA